AUUAAUAGUUACUAACAAAAAAAAAUAUUAAUAAUAAGUAAUAGUGAUUAAUAAAUGUGAAUAUAAAUCUAUAAAAGAGGCAAGUUAAACGACAGAAGGGAGCAACGUGUCUGUGUUUCACAGGUUUGAGGGGGUUUUGGUUUUAAGUUUUUGGUUUCUUCUUUUAGAAAUAAAUGGUUGACAAUAUAGAGCUUGGAGGAGGAACCCCCUUCAAAUACUACCAUCACAACUCUACCAAUUCUUCUUCUUCUGUUUCCGGCGCCAAUAUAGCAUCAUCAACAGCAGCCGGAGGAGGAGGAAGCGGUGGCGGUGGGUCGGGAGACGAUGGAAUAACACCCAUUAAGGAGCAAGAUCGGCUGCUUCCGAUCGCCAAUGUUGGGAGGAUAAUGAAGCAGAUCUUGCCACCGAAUGCGAAAAUCUCGAAAGAAGCCAAAGAAACCAUGCAGGAAUGUGCAUCUGAGUUCAUCAGCUUUGUGACUGGGGAAGCAUCUGAUAAGUGUCAUAAGGAGAAGAGGAAGACUGUGAAUGGAGAUGAUAUUUGUUGGGCUUUGGGAAGCCUUGGGUUUGAUGAGUAUGCUGAGCCUUUGAAGAGGUAUUUGAACAAGUUUAGGGAGUUGGAAGGUGAGAAAGCUGCUGCCAAUCAGAAUAAAAAUGGUGCUGCCACCAAUAAUCAUCUUCAUCAUCAUGAAGAUAAUCAUCAUCAUCAUCAUCAAAUCAUUAGGGAAAGGGAUAAUAUUGAGGAUGAAUCAAACUUCAACACCAGAUCAAGGGGUCAUCUUGAACCAGCUGCAGCUGCUGCUCAAACUCCAAUUAAGUUCAAUCUUUUGGGGUGAGGAGUAUGUGAACAGAAAUUAAUUAACUCAACUCUUUUUAAGUUUCCAGGAGAUUUUAGUUAAGAGCGAUUGAUCAUAAUUGUCUCCUUACAUAAAUUGCAAGUUUUUUUUUUGUUCAGUUUGUCUUCACUAAUUUGUGCCUCUUAUCUUUUAUUUUCUUCUCCUUGUUGGAGUGAUUUGGCUCUUUUAAUUCUUCUCUUUCAAAUUGGUAUUUGAUAGAAUAAGGGAGGAGAGAGCAUUAACUUGUAUAAGUGGGAGCUUAAUUACUUGUCUAUUUGCAACUAUAAAUGUUCUUCUGAUUGCUUGAUUUCCUCAUGGUUACUUGAGAAAUUUGCUACUUUUGUGAAAGUUAGUUUAGUUUACUCCUGACCUAAGUAAGUUAAUGAUUUAAAUCUAUGAAAACUUGUGUCAACUUUUGAAGAUUUAUUGUCCAAAACUUAGGGCUUUAUGAUUAAUUGAUUGAGCCUCAUUUGGGUUUGUCAGCAGUUAAUUGAUUUUGAGAGCUAGUGAGAAACUAGAGGACUACUAAACUCCUCCUUUCUAAAUUUCUCUCUUUUGCUUGAUGCAGAGAUCUCUAGCUAUGCCUUCUGUUGAAUAUUACGCAAUAUAUUUCCUGUUGAUAGAGAGGAUUUCAAAUAAUAGUUAAAGAAGGUAUAUUGAUAUAACAUGAUUUUGAGGCUUCCAAUUAAGUUUCUCUAAAAUUCAUAUAUUGGUAUUACAUAUUUCAUCUGAAAUCUGUCGGCAGUCAGUAAUAGUUAUCAGGCAUGUUGGGCUACCCCACUAUCCAGUUGUAAACUGUAAUUUCUGGGGUUUCCCACGACAUAUAACUUUUAACAUAGAGAUGAAAUGUGUCUUUCUCCUUAAAAAAAAAAAAAAACAUAAAUUUGAGUUUUUACAGCUUCAUUUUCUUCUUUUUUUUAUUUAUUUUUUAAAAUCUUUAAGCUUGAUCCAUCUCUGUAGCUAUGCUUUCCUCGAUCAAUCUGCA